AUGAUUAACGGGGUAACUGUUGCUACCUUUAGAGAAGCUACUUUGUUACGUGGUUAUUUACUUGAUGAUGUUACUCAACAAGUAUGUAUGCAAGAAGCUUGUACUUUUCAUAUGCCAUAUGAGUUGAGAAGGCUUUUUGCUUCACUUUUAGUUUUUACCUGUCCAAAUAGUCCGCGCAAGUUGUGGUUGUUAUUUGAAGAUGCAAUGAUGGAAGACAUUUUACGCCACCACAAAGAGACACACAAAGAAUCUAAUGCCCGUGCAUUUAAACAGAUUGAUUGUUUUCUGCAGUCAAUGGGAAGACGUCUUCAUCAGUUUGAUGUUCUACCCCAAAAUUCAUUUGAUUGGUUGAUAGAAGACGACACUAGAGAGAUUAAAACAGAAAAAAAUAUUGUUGUUUCCACUGAAGAUUUGGCUGUAAUAUAUACUCUUAAUAAAGAACAGAAGGUUGCUUUUGAAAUGAUAAUGGAUGCAGUUAGCUGUAAUAAACCUGGUUGUUUCUUUAUCGAUGGUCCAGGUGGCACUGGGAAAACAUUCUUAUAUAGAGCUUUAUUGGCUAAAAUUAGAUCUGAAGGUCAUGUUGCUUUGGUUACAGCUACGUCAGGUAUUGCAGCAUCAUUAUUGCAUGGUGGCAGAACAGCUCAUUCGCGUUUUAAAAUACCUUUGGAUGCGGCUGAAGGGUUUGUAUGUAAGGUUAGUAAACAAAGCUCUUUAGCAGUGCUGAUUAGGAUUUGUAAGUUGAUUAUAUGGGAUGAGGCUCCAAUAGCAAAGAAAUCUGCAAUUGAAUCCUUGGAUAGUCUACUUAGAGAUAUAAUGGACUGUUCAGCUACUUUUGGUGGUUCAUUUGCAGCUAACAGAAAACAUGCGAGCUCUAUUGGAUCCUUUUUUUUCAAGUUUCCUUUUGGCAAUUGAUGUUGUCCUGAUGUGAACAAUAGGCGAUGCCAUUGUCCGGGGGCCAUGAGUGAACUUGCUACAGAAAGAAUCGAUGAUGCUAAGCACGUCAUUUUCACAACUCAACUACCUCCAAAAAGACGACUUGUCGUCGCUAAAGCCUCUACAGACGACAUGUGGUCUGUAAAAAGUCAUCCGUAUAUGUCUGUCGGUAAAAGUCGAAAUAGCAUAGUCAGUCCAGACGACUUGUCGUCUGGAAAGGGUCGUCGGGAUUGA